GAUCUGUGAUGGCCGGACGCGUGAGCUGGGCGACUGGGCAUUGUGAAAAGUAAUUGUGGCCAUUUUGGUAAUUUUCCAUAUUAUUACUGUCAAGGGAAUGUAAUGAUGUGUGAUAAUCACGUUUAGAGUAUCUGUACACAAAACCUAGUCAGUCAGUAAUCACGUCACUAACGCCAAACAAGACAGAUCUACGAUUCUCUUGCAACAAUGGCGUCCUCUGAAGAUACCGCCGCCACCGUGACGGCGACGGCGAAGAAGGAAGCGUUAGGGUGGAUGGAGUGGCUAAGAGGUUGGUUCUAUUUGGCAUGCGAGAUGCUUUUUCAGCGGAUAAUGGCCUCUCAUUUACAGAAUCCUAUGCCCUUACCUCCUCUUAACGAUCUCACUUGCAUUAUUACCGGAUCCACCAGUGGUAUCGGCCGAGAAACCGCCAGACAGAUGGCGGAAUCAGGGGCACAUGUUGUUAUGGCAGUUAGAAACACCAAAGUGGCCCAUGAACUGAUCAGGAAAUGGCAGGAUGAAUGGUCCGGAAGAGGCCUUCCUCUCAAUAUUGAGGUGAUGGAAUUGGAUCUUCUCUCAUUGGCUUCUGUCGUGAGAUUUUCGGAGGCUUGGAAUGCACGCUCAGGACCAUUACAUGUGCUGAUAAACAAUGCGGGGAUAUUUUCUAUAGGAGAACCGCAAAAGUUUUCAAAAGAUGGAUAUGAAGAACACAUGCAAGUGAAUCAUCUGGCUCCAGCACUGCUUUCUGUGCUGCUCUUACCAUCCCUUAUAAGAGGUUCUCCUAGUCGAAUUGUAAACGUCAACUCGAUUAUGCAUCAAGUUGGCUUUGUGGACCCAGAAGAUAUGAAUGUUGUUUCCGGUAAAAGAAAGUUUACAAGUUUAGUGGGUUACUCAAGCAGCAAAUUAGCGCAGGUCAUGUUUAGUAGUGUCCUACACAAAAAGCUGCCUGCUGAAGCUGGCGUAAGUGUAAUAUGUGUAUCUCCAGGAAUAGUUCAGACUAACGUUGCAAGAGAUCUUCCUAGCAUAGUUCAGGCUGGUUAUCGCCUAAUUCCUUAUUUUAUCUUCAGUGCUGAAGAAGGUUCUCGAAGCUCUCUUUUCGCAGCUAGCGACCCUCAAAUUCCCGAGUACUGUGAAAUGUUGAAAGCAGAUGAAUGGCCCGUAUGCGCUUUCAUAUCUCAAGAUUGUCGGCCCACCAACCCGUCUGAAGAAGCCCAUAAUGUUGAAACUGCAUCCAAAGUAUGGGAAAAGACAUUACAAAUGGUGGGCCUUCCUUUAGAUGCUGUAGAGAAGCUCAUAGAAGGUGAAGAUGUCAAGUGCAAAUAUGAAGCUCAUGUUGAUUAAGUUUAACUCCAAAACCUCAAAAUUAUAUUCGGUUUUGCCUGCCACACAUACUUGCAAUCCAAGUUUCUCGUCCGUCCAUCAGUAUGUAGACUGCAAUAUAAUGAAACCAUGUGUCAUAACCCAUCACCAAGUAGUUGAUUUUGGUUUUGCAAGAUUUGUAUGUUUUGGUUGUGUUUUAGAAUUUUGAUUAGUAGUUGGUUGUAUUGUUAUCUAACAACUUGUUUACCCUAAGGGUUACUUUUUUGGUGUGUCUAAUACAUGCAUGCUUAUGUAAACUUCAAAUGUGGUGGAAAAUGAAGACUAAAAGAAAAGAUUAAAUGAA